UCGACUAUCUGCUGGCAACCCUGGACCACAAUCUGGAUCGGACCGAACUUCCUUGAUUGGACGGAUAAAUUGUUAUUACAAAUGGUAGAAGCAAGACUAGGCUAUCCUAGGCCUAGACGGGACGAUGAUGGAAUGGAACUGCAGGGAGAAGCCCAGUCGGCUAGCGUUUGGACGAAUGGUAAACAAGCCUAGGCCUAUAUAAAUGGCCUUCGGGAGAUGGAGUUUUUGAGUGAGAUGGAGACGUUGCUUAAUUGUCGACCUUUAAGGCCAGAUGCAAGGAUUCGUCUGUUUUGCUUUCCCUGGGCAGGAGGUGGAACUAAUUUUUAUGCAAAUUGGAGCAAGGUUUUACCUCAAUCUAUAGAAGUAUGUGCAAUUCGAUUAGCUGGCAGAGAGAGUCGUUUCAAGGAUAAACUAUGCAGUGAUAUGUCAACAGCAGUUGCAGAAAUAGCUAAUACACUUAUUCCCAAGUUUCAAUCAAAGCCUUUUGCUUUUUUUGGUCAUAGUAUGGGGGCAGCCCUCGCAUUUGAAGUUUCCUGCUAUCUCAAGAAGUACUACGGAUUACAGCCAGUUCAUUUAUUUGUCUCUGGAUUCACCUCUCCUCAGUCUGCAGCUCGAAGAAUAAAGACUGAUUGGAUGAAGAUGUCGGAUGAGGAAUUUGUAGAAAGCGUAAGACGGAUUGGCGGAACACCAGAAGAGGUUUUAUCCAACCGCGACCUUAUGAAGAUAUUUAUGCCGCCAUUGCGAGCAGACUUUCAUUUGAUUCAACAUUAUGAGUAUGAUCUUCCAGAGGGCGCACCACCACUUUCAUGCCCAGUCAGUUUCACUGAUGGAGACAAAGAUAAACCUCAUGAUAUUCCUGGUUGGAGUGAUAUCACCAGCGGAGAGUUCAGUAAUUUUAUCAUGCCGGGCGGACAUUUUUACCUGCAAGAAAAAGAAAAUGGGAAUCAACUUAUGCAGUACAUUGCCAAGAAGAUCUUAUGAAAUUUAUUGUUACAGCUUUGAUAGAUUUUGCCGAUAAAGAGAAUUAUGUAGUUUAUUAUGAAUUUAUAUAUAAAUUAUGCAAAAUUUGGUCAUUCUCAAGAAUGGCUUGUUUAUUAUAGUAGUAGAUAAAAGUGGUUUGGCGCAGCGGUAACAAUUUUGAUUCUCAAUGGUUUUAAUCCCUCGCUGUGCAUUUCACUUGUGUCCUUGAUCAAGGCACUUUAUCUACAUUGCUUCUCCCCAUCCAGGAGUACAAGCGGGUACCUUCUAGGGUUAAAAUACCAAAUGCACUGAUUGGCUGUUGCAACGUUAUGGAAUAUUCCCCCGGGGAGCUGAGUUUGUGUUCCAUAGGCGUUUAAUCCAAUGACCGGGGUAAUGAUAAUGUGAAGCCCCUUAUGAUAAGAGAGGGCUUAUCAUAAGGGGCUAUGUAAGCCUACUAUUAUUACUUCAAGGGUUUUAGAAAACUGAGCUCUAUAAAAUGGAAGUGGUAGUAGAAUGAGGGGUGCAGAGACCCACAAACAAAAUGUGUAUACACAAUGAUCAAUAUAUAUAUAUAUAUAUAUUUUUUUAAAUAAAAAUUUUUUGUAAAUUUAAGAUUAAUACUUUUAUUACUCAGUAAUAAUAUAUAUAGGCAUACAGCUUGUAUGUGUGCCAUUUUAUCAGGGAACAGUUAAAUUACUGUAACUUCCAAGUUAUAAAAAUAAUGAAAUUAUGCAUUAAACUGUUUCUACGUAAAUUUUUUUUUUUUUUUUCAGGCAAAGUUAGGCAAACCAAAAUUAGGCACAUGAAAUAACAGAUAUGAAUUGGUAACUUCAUGUAGACACAGAAAAAAAACAUCUAUUGUGUAACAA